AUGCAGGCAACAGAGCACAUCAUUCCUCAAGCUCAACAUACUCAGAGAACAAGGUUUGGAACUUGGACAAUGGCAGGCUAUACAUUCUGUUUUGAAAAGAAACUCUCAUCAAAUGACAUUUCACGAAAUCUGGAGAUACCAAAUGGGGCUCUUGACUUGCCUCCUGGAAAUGCCAUCAUGCAUGUACUGGACCCAAAUGGAGACACCACCUGGGAGUUUAAAUGUUCAACAAGGAGCAACGGUCGGCGCUUGAUGACAUACCAGUGGAUUGAUUUUACAAAGAAGAAGGAACUUGGGCCCGAUGACAUACUCCGAUUCUAUCGGUGGACGAAUGGAGAUGGGUAUUUCAUGGAGCUUGAACGCCAUAGCAUCCGGCUCUUUGGUGUGACCAUAUACAUCGGCUGA